GUUACCUUAAUAGCUCAUGUCCCGCUCGUACAUGAUGGAGUCGGAGCCACUCUAUCCGGAAUCUGCUCCCAUGACCCCCGUUCCCUCUAAUCCUUCUCCUGCUUCUCCAAAUACACCUUCACACAUGGCUGUCCCUACACCUGCAACUGUGCCAUUGCAUCCUCAUCCUGUAGCGAGGGUCAAGCCAACCAAGGCCCAUGUACCGAGUGCGUGCAUCAACUGUAAAAAGGCGCAUCUCGCCUGUGACUUGUCUAGGCCUUGCAAGAGAUGCGUUUCAGUGGGAAAAGAUGACACUUGUCGCGACGUAGAGCACAAAAAGAGAGGUCGUCCAAAGCUCGUCGACAAAGCCGUCGCUCUUGAUGGUGCCUGGGGUAUGUCAGUCAAGGAUGGUCCCACAACAGCCUCUAAGGCAGCAACUGCAUUAACAAAGACACGCGUCAAGGGCAAAUACAUAAAAUCAGGCAACUAUAAGAUGCCCAAGAAGGCCACUAUUUCAAAGGUGACAGCUGAGACUUUUACCGCUCCUCAACCUGAAACACUCUCCGGGGAUUCUUUGACACAGCCAUCUUCAUAUCCUUCGCAACAUGAGCUUGAGCGACCAGCAUCCUCCAUGUCGUACCGCUCAAAGCCUCCUGCUCAGAACUAUCAAAAUCAUCAAAGCCGGCCUCUUUCUAUUCACUCAGAGCCCCCAUUGCCUGGAGAGCAUCAGGAUCCUUUCUACUACCCUCCAUCGUAUCCUCAUUCUACAAGUCAGAUCAAACGUCCACAGGAAUUAUAUUCUGCACCAAGUACUACACCGUUGGCAACCGUAUUUUUGACCAUGGAUUUGAUUUGUGCCAGAGUAUCGGAUGAAUCACAGGUUCUCUGGGGAUACCACCCACAUGACAUCAGCCACAAAUCUCUUUAUUCUAUCAUUGCAAACGAGGACCAGGGCAAACUCAGGAACCUUUUGAGCCUGAUCAAAGAUGCAGUUUUCUCAUCAACUCCUUCCAAUACGUCUCAGCAUCCUUCCCGUCUCACAUUCUUGGACUCUACCUCACAGGUGUUUUAUCAAAAUAGACCUAAUAUCAUGUCUUGCAUGGCACCAGGCUCGAGCGAAUAUACAGAUGUGAUCCGAGUUUGUCAUGCAGAUGGAGGAUCAGACUUAUUCUCGAUCAGAAUGUAUGUCGGUGGUGGACUGGGUACAGAUCUUCAGAGAGGGCUCAGUAUUGAACACGCAUACAUUGUUUGUGUUAUGGCGCGGCAUUCCUCUCCUUUGUCGAACAACUACAGUCCAUCAAUCGAUCGUGCUUCACAGGAAGAUCAUACAUCGGCCUAUAACAAGCAGCCACAGACGGAGCCUACCAAUAUUUCAGAAUCAGGCAGAAAAAUCGCUCUACCUCCCAUUGUUACUGGGCCAAUCUCAUCCAGUGCUUCAUUUGCUUCACCAUCGAUUCCGUCACCUUUGAGCUCCAAUAGUUCGAAUGGCCGACUCAUUGGCCUAUUUAGCUCAUCUACACCACUCUCCAGUCCAUCAUCCUCUUCAGCCCCUUACACUGCUCCAUUAUUAAAGCCCUCCUCCCACUCGACUUCACUGCCAUCUUUGAGGACAGGCCCUCUUCACACUGCUCGUUGGUUGUAUGACUCUGAGCCUUAUAGUGCGCCUGGACAUUCGGGGCAUGGCCCAUCCAGUCACCGGCUUCCAACCAUGUUCUCAGAUCCCUUCCGAGCCGUGUCAGCACCAAUGGGGGGAUUUGGUGUAUCCAAAUAUUUAAGCCGACCAGAAUCGACAUCUUCGUUCCCAAGCGUUCGGCGUCAUCAGCUCCCACUUCCCAUGCCCUCAUCGAUACAAUCGUCAUCAUCUAUGUCUUUACUUCAAGGACCUCGCUCAGAUAUGAUCAACCAAAACCCGCGAUCUCUUCAGCGCGAUCUGUCAUCCUCCUCUUUCGGUGCUUCAUUUGCAUCAACCUCCCCACCUUCAUCCAUGAAGCGACCACUGGCAGAUAUUGCGGACAGUCAGGACCGGAACCGGGACAUUGAUAAUAGGCAUCAAGAUCAUCAUCAUCAUCAUCAAAACCAAAGUGUGCGCAGCGGACUCCCUGUAUCAUCAUCAUUACCACAGUCUAUGAAUGGAAAUGCACCAUCAUCAUCGCUGUCAUUGACAUCCACAUCUUGUCCUCCAUAUCAGCCCGGUAUCAAGCUGGACCUCCAGACUAUGCCACCGGACCAUCCAGCCAUUGAUCCUUCAUCUGGUGGUGUUUGUCCAAUUGUUCACGGUUCUCAGCAGCGCGAGCGUGUCCAGCAGCAAAUACGGCUGCAAGUCAGCCAGGUUGAACGCGAUCAAGACCAUGAGCAUGGAUAUAGACAUGGACGUGAUGGAGAAUCAGGCUCGAACAAUAGUCGAGGUUAUUUCAACCACCCGGGAUCUGGUUCAGGAAGACACCAUUCAUUGAGCCCUGGUGAUCAUCAUGGGCAUGGAGGCAGCUGUUUUAGUCCUCAGAAUGAGGAGAGGAAUGAUGGUAGCUAUAAUGGCAAUGGUAUUGUCAACCCUUUUAGUACAGGCCCUAGCUCCCCAACAGAGACUUAUUCUAGCCAUCGUAGUAGCCAUUCACUUCGCCGAACAAGCAGUAUUGGACGCCUUCCAUUUGUCAAUCGAGGGGCCAAGGGACCACUGUCAGCUGGCAUCUGUUUAAGUGGAGCAUGCGGUCCGGUCUGUAGAUGUUCUGCAGAAGACGAGGAGACGCGAGCAGUGAAGGCGAUGGACGCAGCUCGCAAACGAAUGAGUGUCCAUUCAUUACUUUGCUAAAGCGAAUGCAGGCACAUUUUGAUCACUGCUACUGUCAUUAUCAUUAUUAUUUUCAUAUAUAUAUAUUUUCAUAUUUUCCUGUCAUGUAUUUUAUCCUUUUAUAUUCUUCAUUUAUUGGCAACAAGUAUUUUAAUUCUAACGAUACCAUUAAAAAUAAUGUAGCAUCGUUUUCCUACAAUCUGUCUUUCAAAGCGUUUAUUAACUCCCAGAGGUUGAAACACGAGCAAAUAAAAACAAUAUACCAU